AUGGGAGGCAGCUUGGCCUCAGCAGAAGACUGUCUGGCUCAGUGUGAUAAUGACUGCAAGGCUUACUGCUGUGAUGGGACCGCUCCCUACUGCUGUUCAUAUUAUGCUUACAUUGGGAAUGUCCUUUCAGGCACGGCAAUAGCUGGAAUUGUUUUCGGCAUUGUAUUCAUUAUGGGAGUGAUCGCUGGGAUUGCCAUCUGCAUCUGCAUGUGCAUGAAGAACAACCGUGGCACCCGAGUGGGGGUCAUCCGGACAGCACACAUCAACACCAUCAGCACCUACCCGGUGACUCCACCACCAUACAGUUACGAACAUGAAAUGGAGUACCCAGUUGAUCUACCUCCACCUUACACUCCAACUCCACAGACGUCGAUACAGUAUCCCCCACCCCCUCCUUACCCUGGUUAUUCUGGAAAAUAAUGACAUGGCUUCACCCCGAUGUUAACUGCCUGUUGAAACAGCCAGCAUCAUUGGAACAAAUAUUUUUGGCUCAGGGACAAGUAGGAUGGGUUCUGCAGUUCUGCAUCAAUAUAUCUGGUCAAACAUCAAAAUAACCAAGGAGGUUUCCUGUGGCUCAGGACAAAAAAGAAUACUGUCCAUUCUGGACCAUCACAACACAUGGUUAAACAAUGUGUGAUAAAAGAAACAGUUCCUAUAAGUCAGUGCCUGAUAAGUAGCACUUAGCAUUGGUGCUUAGCCUUAGCUGCAACCCCUUAUAGCAAAUGAGUAUUGGAGUCUUCCUGUUCAAGAACAUGCACAUGGUUCAGAUGGUUCAAGGUUCAGAUUGCACAGGAGACAGCUGCUGUGACUUAUUCUGCUGGAAAGUUCCAGAUGUGGUCUUCAAACACAUUACACCUUUCUGUGAAAUAAGGGGAAUAAGAAAGAACAAGGAAGACUGAAGCGUUAGUUUCUACUUUGGGAUGAUAAUACAUGAUGAUCUGAUAAGUGCUGCCAGAUUUAUUCAGCAACCAAAAACUGAUGGAUGUUAUUUUUGGCCAAAUGCAGGUUGUUUUAAGUGCCUACUUUUUAAGAAAGUUGAGACUAGUUUAUGGCCUAAUAUGUAAACAUAAAGAGCGUUUUUAUAUGUGAAUUACACUAAUUUAUAGCUGAUGAACUUUUAGCUGGACUUAAAUACUCUGCACAUUGGACAAGGCUACGGUGCCUUUUAAAACCAAAUUAUAUGUUGAUUUAAAAAAAAAAAGAAUAUUAAUUCAGGAAUACUUACAAGUGGGAGAAGAAAAAGAAAUCAAUUAUUAAAGCAUCGUAGGUCUGUCUUUCAAUUGGGUUGCAUGAAGAUGUUUUUUAAAAAAAAAACAAUCAUACUGUUUUCCAGUAAUAAUGGUAUCCAUUCUAACCAAAGAUAUGAGAAGAUUGACUGUGAACAUCAGAUUAUUUACAAAUAUUGUCUUGGGCAUUCUAAAACUUCAAUUCACCAAACAAUAUUUUUUGCAUUUGUCAGGCAUGUUGUUCAAAAUUACUUAGUCUCUACUACAAAAAGUUCAAAGAUUCAUGGUAUUCCAUGUGCUUACUGGGCUGUUAUUGAGCAGCAGUUAUUUCACAGUAGAGUAUCCAGUUACCAAAAGCAUCAUCCUUCAGUGAUAAGACUUGCAUUGUGUUCAGUUCUGUAUGCAAACCACAAAGGCACUGGUUCUUUUCGCGAUAUUUAGAACUCUCUUAAUUUGAGUUGGCUAGCCUUUUAACUCUGAGCAAAAAAGCUAUUCAGUAGUUUUCUUGCAUCCAAGACCUAAGUGACUAUUCUUGCUCAGAUUUUGUAAUUGUAUUUAUUUGUCCUUUCCAUGCUGACUAACCUUACCCUCUUGAAGAUCACACUAGAAACUAGAAUUGCUCAGGAAACCCAAGCUGUGUCGCAGAUUUUGGCUGCUGGGGGUUCCUUGGAGCUUUCUCUAAGGAAGGACAGUUACAUUCACAUUUCUGUUUUGCUGUUCAGAGGUAACAAAUCCUGAACUAGGUUAUCUUCACAAUUGCUUCUGCUCUGGACUUCGUCCUCUGACAUCUUUGCUGCUAACGUGACCUCUCCUAAGAUACAGAAGUUCCUUAGUUGAAAUCCUCCUGUGAAGUCUGACUUUCUGUGCACUGGGUUUUGGCACUCCCUACUUUGAACCAUCUGUUGGGGUGUUGAGUGUGCCUUCCAAUCUUCCCAUCUGGGCUAUUGGUCAGUGUGAAGAAUAGAAGAAGCGUGGUUUUUUUUCUGUGGGAAAUCCUAUUUCUACCACAUCGUUCUACGCUACUACCUCAGCACCAGAUGGUCUUUCUGUGCCAAAAAGUUACCUGUAGAUAACAAAUACUAUCAUUUACCCCAUAUGUGUAUUUCAUUUCUUUGAACUGAGCAUGCAGACACACCAAAGAAUAGUUUGUAUGUGAGGAAUCCAGUCUCCUAAAAAAUACAGAGAAAGAAAAUCAUCAUAAAUCUCCCUUUAAAGGAAGAAUUUCUCCAGCUGUGACCUUUGUUAGGACAAUUUACAAAGCAGAUUUCUUGAAUUAAAAGGUGUUUCUGUAAAACAACUAAAAGUCUUUGGUGAUGGAGUCCUCUUUUUCAGCUUUGAGGCUGAUAUUGCAUAAGGAUACUGCAUAGCUAUCUAUAGAUCAUGUAUUCCAGUGGAAAAUUAUGGAAAUAACAAUUUGAGAAUUCCAUAGUGAUUGAGAGCUAUUUGUUUAAUAUGAAAAUCCUAGUGAGGAUGUUGAUUUUAGUAUGCUAAUAAGUUCUGUAGAGCCAUAUAUAUUGGACUAUACCAAACAAUGAUUUUACUUCUCAAUGGUCAUCACAUCUUCUUCUUCCUAAGAGCAUAAAACAUACAGAUGGCAUCCUUAAAGCAAAUUAGGUAAAAUUAAUGCCUCUUACAAUAGCCUCUUUUGAAAAACAAACGGUGACUGCACUGAAAAUAAGUAAGUAAACUGAGAGUUUGAAAGAUUCAUGGAAGUGAAGGAAGCGAACUUAAACAUAACCUGCAUAAACAAAUGGGAGCACUUGCUAAUACUGAAGUUGAAUUCUGUUGAAAGAGUUGAAAUGUUGUUAUACCUUCGGUGUUACAUUCUUUGUGUGGAAACAUGUAAUUUAUUCAACACUUCCGUGUUCAAACUGCCUGCAGUUCAGAUAUUGCUGGCCAGUAGUCAUUUAUUCUGUUUCACACGAACAGCUUGCAGGUGAGUGGGUUCAUACAAAGCAUUUUUACCCAGUCAUAUAGAUUUAUUUCAGUCUUAUGCCCUACAUCAGGUUGUGAAGCAAGGAAAAAUGCAAAAAUAUAACCUUUGGCUGAAAGAGAACAAAUGAUCUUUUGCUUUUCUUCCUUGGCAGUGGACAUUCUCACUAAUUUGGUCAGUGAAUAUAGCAGUGCCUUGUGCAAUUCAUAUACUUAGACUGUGUGCUGCUGAUUUGCUCGUGGUCUCAGGUUGUUCUGCCUUUGGCUCAUAGCUUCUAGGCUGAAUUGGGAAGACAGAGAGGGAAGGUUACUGUGGCUGGGGAACAGGACUUGAUCCCAUGAAUCUUCUGGGUUUCAUAGCCUAGAACAUGAGGUGAUUGCCUGGUUGCAUGAUUGUUGUUCUGGACUGGAAGCAGCAGGAACUGCAAGUGCUUGAAGAGCACAUAUGCUUGCCUAUGUUCUGAUGCCAUUCCUCUCUUGCAGGAAGCAAAUUCUGUGUAGCAUCUUAUUUAAUCCUGUUUUGAGGAUAUUUCAAGCCAUGAUUCAUUUCACAAACUUAAUUUUAAUCUGGCAUUUCUUUUAAGUUUUUCUCCCCCAGAAUAAGCUACUUCUAAGCUAGUCUCUCUGACAGCCUGUUUUUCUA